UCAGUGUGGAGCUGCACGUCUCCUCCUCACCACACGGACACCAGUCCACCACCUCUGAGGUCCGCGGUUUGCCAGUAGAACCAGUAGAACCAGCAGAACCAGCAGAACCAGCAGCAUGACGCUCACCAGCGACCCGAACUACAAGAAGCUGGAUCAGUGGUUCAAAGCGAACCGGGGGAGCCUCAACAUGAGGGACCUGUUCGAGUCCGACCCGGGUCGCUUCAACGCGUUCAGCACCACUCUGGAGACAGACGAUGGAGAAAUCCUGCUGGACUACUCCAAGAAUCUCAUCAACCAGGAAGUGAUGUCCAUGCUGCUCGCCUUGGCCAAGUCGAGGGGAGUGGAGGAGGCCAGAGACGAGAUGUUCUCCGGAGAGAAACUCAACUUCACCGAGGGCCGCGCUGUGCUGCACGUCGCUCUGCGGAACCGCUCCAACGCGCCAAUCCAAGUGGACGGUGAGGACGUGAUGCCGGAGGUGAACCGCGUUCUGGACAAGAUGAAGGCCUUCUGUCACCGAGUUCGUAGCGGGGAGUGGAAAGGCUUCAGUGGGAAAAGCAUCACGGAUGUUGUGAACAUCGGCAUCGGAGGCUCUGACCUGGGUCCUCUGAUGGUGACGGAGGCUCUGAAGCCGUACUCUGCAGGAGGACCAAACGUGUGGUUCGUCUCCAACAUUGACGGGACUCACAUGGCCAAGACCCUCGCUAAGCUCAACGCAGAGACAACCCUCUUCAUCAUCGCCUCCAAAACGUUCACCACUCAGGAGACCAUCACCAACGCAGAGUCGGCCCGGGACUGGUUCCUCCAGACAGCCAAUGAUAAAUCUGCUGUCGCCAAACAUUUUGUGGCUCUGUCAACCAACGCAGUCAAAGUGAAGGAUUUCGGCAUUGACACAGCAAACAUGUUUGAGUUCUGGGAUUGGGUCGGAGGUCGUUACUCUCUGUGGUCAGCCAUCGGUCUGUCCAUCGCUCUGCACAUAGGCUUUGAAGGCUUUGAGCAGCUUCUGUCCGGAGCUCACUGGAUGGACAACCAUUUCCGCAGCGCCCCCCUGGAGCAGAACGUCCCCGUCCUGCUGGCGGUUCUUGGUGUUUGGUACAUCAACUUCUUCCAGGCGGAGACUCACGCCAUGCUGCCCUACGACCAGUACAUGCACCGCUUCGCUGCCUACUUCCAGCAGGGCGACAUGGAGUCUAACGGUAAAUCCAUCACCAAAGAUGGCGUCCGUGUCGACUAUCACACCGGACCAAUCGUGUGGGGAGAGCCAGGGACCAAUGGACAGCAUGCCUUCUACCAGCUCAUCCACCAAGGAACUCGGAUGAUUCCUGCAGACUUCCUCAUUCCUGCUCAGUCACAGCAUCCAAUCAGAGACAACCUGCACCACAAGAUCCUGGUGGCCAACUUCCUGGCUCAGACAGAAGCUCUGAUGAAGGGGAAGACUGCCGACGAGGCUCGUGGAGAGCUGGAGGCCGGCGGCCUGAAGGGCGACGCCCUGCUGCAGCUGCUGCCUCAUAAGGUCUUUGAAGGCAACAAGCCGAGCAACUCCAUCGUCUUCAAGAAGCUGAGCCCGUUCGUACUAGGAGCUCUGGUUGCGAUGUACGAACACAAGAUCUUUGUUCAGGGAAUCGUUUGGAACAUCAACAGCUACGACCAGUGGGGCGUUGAACUCGGGAAGCAGCUGGCGAAGAGAAUCGAGCCGGAGUUGACGGACAGGUCCGAGGUCUCCUCCCACGACUCGUCCACCAACGGCCUCAUCAACUUCCUGAAGAAGAACUUCACCUGAUUCGUGGGUCACAUGACCAACCCGCCCUCCUCCUGUAGUGCUCUCUCAUUGGCUGGAAUCCUGGUCACUUUAUGUCUGUUAUCACUGGCUUCUAUCUGGAGUAGAAACGUGCAGAUGUUACUGUAGCUGAAGCCCCGCCCCCUAACAUAGGCAGCACUGACUUUCAAAAUAAAAGUCCCGUUUGUCACUGAA